AACGCUCCCCACCUCUUCAAAACGUCAAAACUCGUUGUCGUGUACGGUCGUUUGUACGUUCGUUUCGUAUUCCGCGAUUUAUUGCUUUCGUCAGUUUUAGUUAGUGACAUUGUUAUAAUAAAUUGAAACGUGUGUGUUCAGUGAUAUUUAGCAAAUUAAAUAACACAAGAAAAUGGCGUUCAACACAGAUAUUUCAUCCACACUGGAGAGCAGCAGAAACAGCCUGCGAAGGAUCGCGCGGCACGACGACACGGAGUUCUCGAAGCAGAGCAUCCUCAACGACAUGGAGAAGUUCGUGAAGACCGUGACGUCCAUGGACGAGACCGUGCUGGUGCCGAGCCGCCUCAUGGACCUGCCGCAGGAGGGCGACGACGACCCCUUCAGCCUCUACGCCAUGCUCAACGACCUGAAGACCGAGCUGCUGUGGUCCACCGGGGAGGAGGAGCGAGUGGAGCGGGGCAGGAGGGUGUCCGAUGUCAGUGAUACGGAGAGCGAGGUGUCAAGCGCGGCGGGAGACUCCGGCAUUGAAGGAGAAGACGAGCGUGAGUCAGCAGCGCGCGCCGCCGCCGCGUGCCGCCGCCACCUGCGCGGGCUGCGCCGCUCGCUGCAGCAGCUCACCGCCGCCGCCGCCACGCUCACGCGGCACUACCAGGCCGAGGUGGGCGCGCCCGUCUAGCCCGCGCCCCCGACCCCGUCCUUCGAGCCUGACCUCCCCGCGGGUGUACAUAUAGUGGUAGCGGCCCGAGCUGUACAUAUAGGAUACGCGGCCGGCCGCGAGGGGGCGUCGUAAGUUAAUUGCAAGCUAUUUAAUUUAAUAAAUUUAAUUUUUCUUUUUAA